CCGCCGCCGUCGCUAAAGCUUGAGUUGGAGGAGGGAGAAGCCAGAAAGAAAAUGGCGGCUGUGGCUGCAGAGGCGGCAGCGACUGCAGCGUCCCCUGGGGAAGGGGGCGCCGGCGAGGCUGAGCCGGAGAUGGAGCCUAUCCCUGGCAGCGAGGCCGGUACUGACACCUUCCCGGUCACGGCCACUGAAGCAUCUGUGCCGGACGGCGAGGCCGACGGGAAGCAGUCCGCUCCUCGGGCCGACGAGCCGCCGCUCCCGCCGCCACCACCGCCGCCGGGGGAGCUCGCCCGCCGCCCGGAGGCGGCGGGACCAGAGCUGGAGGCUGAGGAGAAGCUGCCUGCCCGGCCUGCGGAACCGGUGGCGCCCGCGCCUCAGGAAGGGCCCGACCUUCCACCUUCUCCUGCAUCAUCGCCCGAGCAACUUCUGGCUCCCGAGGAGCGCAAGGAGUCUCCGCUGCCCCAGCCUGCAGCCCCGGCGCUCGUGCCGCUGGCGGGCGGGGAGUCUGCGGUGUCGCAAUUGAUCCCUGGCUCUGAGGUGCGGGUCACGCUGGACCACAUCAUUGAGGACGCACUCGUCGUGUCCUUCCGCUUCGGAGAGAAGCUCUUCUCGGGUGUCCUUAUGGAUCUGUCCAAAAGGUUUGGGCCCCAUGGGAUCCCUGUGACAGUAUUUCCCAAAAGGGAAUAUAAGGAUAAACCUGAACCCAUGCAGCUCCAAAGUAAUACAUUCCAAGAAGGGACAGAAGUCAAGCGAGAAGCGAAUGGUGCUGUUCCCCACAACCCCUCUCCUGCCCAGCCUCCCGAGCCCAGCCUUGCUGAAAGCCUGUGGACUUCUAAGCCACCACCUCUCUUCCAUGAAGGAGCACCUUAUCCUCCCCCUUUGUUUAUCAGGGACACAUAUAACCAGUCAAUACCUCAGCCACCACCUCGGAAAAUUAAGCGACCCAAACGAAAAAUGUACAGGGAAGAACCCACUUCUAUAAUGAAUGCUAUUAAACUACGACCCAGGCAAGUCCUUUGUGACAAAUGUAAAAACAGUGUUGUUGCUGAAAAAAAGGAAAUUAGGAAAGGUGGUAGUGCAAGUGACUCUUCUAAAUAUGAAGAUAAAAAACGGAGAAAUGAAAGCGUGACUACUGUCAACAAAAAACUUAAAACUGACCAUAAAGUGGAUGGGAAACACCAAAAUGAAAGCCAGAAAAGAAAUGCUGUGGUUAAGGUUUCAAAUAUUGGUCACAGCAGAGGCAGAGUAGUUAAAGUUUCUGCUCAGGCUAACACAUCAAAAGCUCAGUUAAAUACUAAAAAAGUGCUCCAGAGUAAGAACAUGGAUCAUGCAAAAGCUCGAGAAGUAUUGAAAAUUGCCAAAGAAAAGGCACAAAAGAAGCAAAGUGAAACCUCUACUUCCAAAAAUGCACAUUCAAAAGUCCAUUUCACACGUCGAUAUCAGAAUCCUAGCUCAGGUUCCCUUCCACCUCGGGUUCGUUUAAAACCACAGAGGUACAGGAAUGAAGAGAAUGACUCUUCUCUGAAGACAGGACUUGAGAAAAUGCGGAGUGGCAAGAUGGCACCCAAGCCCCAGUCUCGCUGCACCUCCACCCGCUCAGCAGGUCUCAACAAAUGGCAGCUAUUACAUCAGACAGUGACGAGUCCUGCUGCUCCCUUACAGUGUCUGACAGACCACUGUGGAUUCAGAUUGGGAGCAUUGAAGUUAACAGUGAAACGGGCAGCACAAAGACAUUAGCAGGCUGCUGGUUUCAUGGACCUGUACCACAAUGACACAGAGAACAGCAGAGCAUCAGGACUGAAUGAAAUUGGAGAGACUCAAAUUUUCAAAACUGCUCUAAGAAGUAAAUGUUAAGGGCAGUUAAAACCAACAGUCUAUAAAGGGGCACUUGCAGAUUCUGCUCUAUUAAACUGAAGAAAAGGUAUUAGAACAUUUCAUAAAUAAAACCAAACUGUUGCAAUAAAUCAUGCAUGAGACAAGGCAAAAGUGAUAUGAAAUAACAUAUAGGAGCUCACUUGAGUUUUAUGUAUGAAGAAUUAUUGACAGAAACUUCUUUUGAAUGUGAAGUUCUUAGAACAGUUUGGACAGGCCUAAAAGGCAUGGGAUAAUGGCAGAAAUGUUUAAUUAUUUUUCAUACUUAAACUUCGUACUUUCUCUAAGGUUUAUGUUAGUUCAGAUAUGAGCAAAUGUGUUUCUGAAAUGGCUUGUCUAUGAAAACAGCAAUAUAUGUUGAGGCCACUGUUUUCUUCAGGGUGCCAGUAGAAACAACGGAGUAGGUUAAUGUCCUAUGAAAAGGAUGGCAAAGUGCCCCCAUCCAAUCUUCCAGAGAAAAUUUAGAUCUUUUCUUUCUUUAAUAAAGCAGUGCUGUAUUAUCUUGAAUAUAUGUUUGCUUGUUAGGACAUAUUAAAAUGUAUUUAUUUGCCACCAGUAUUUAACAUUUUGUGCACAUUUUCAUAACUACAAUUUUUCAAAUUCUGAAUUAAAAUGGACAGGCCGUUGUUGUCCUUGGAGUGAAAAUGUACACUCCAAGAGCUAGUUCUUUCUUCUACUGACCUUUAAAGGCAUUUCUUAUUCCCUCUUAUCCUUACCAAUUUUACCUACUUCAGAAAAGAUGGCAACACCUGAAUUUUGUCAUAGACCUCUCUCCACACAGAACCCUUCCUUCUGUCUAAGUGCAAAAAGUUCUCCCAGGUGUCAGGUCAAACUUGACCCCAGGGACAAGCGGCAGGAAUAGACCCAUAAAGAUAGCAUCCAGUUUUUCAUGCAUUGAGCAUGAGUUCUUAUUAAUAGAGACCAUAACUUUUUUUCCUUGUCUUUGGUAAAUACAUAUUAUGAAAACCUUUUUCUUUUUAAUGAAUAGAGAAAACAUUAGUAAGAAAAUGAGAUGGACCUGUUAGUACUACAUUUCUAAGACAUUUUAUAUUUGAUGGUGCCGUACUUUUAAUAAUAAAACUGAAAUUUUUUAGUGGCAAUACUGAUUUAUUUUUUAAACCAGAAAGAUAGUCCAUAUUGAUUACUUAUUACAAAAAAAGAAAAAUACCAAAAAAUGAAGAAAACCCUCAAGUUCAUUUGAAGCAACAUAAAGAUAACAGAGCAUUUGGCUCAAGUUUUCAAGCUUUCCAUAACCCUGUGUAGGCUUGGAUUACCGGGCUGAGAGUUUUAGAACAUUUAGUAUACUUGACUAAGAAUUGUUUUACAACUCAAGAAGAAAAGGUAUAGGCAGUCUUGCUUCUGUUGAGCUUAAUGCAAAUCCUAACUACAUUGCAAGUUAUUACAUCUUUUGACUGCAUUCUGAAAUUGUCUAUUUGGGAAAUUCCUUAUCAUCAAGUUAAACAUUUUAGCAAUUCUGCAAAAAGGUCAGCUCAGGAACUGUAGCAGCAGGGAGUUGUAAAGAUUACAUGCAUUGCAGUGGCGCCCUGCCCGCUGUUGUCAGUGGGCUCUGGCUCCGCGGUCUCGUUCUUUCAGAUACAACACCAGCAGCCCUCCCAGGCUCACUUGAGAACCAGAUCACUCCCAAGCCACGGUGCAAUUUCACUUGGAUUUUGUAUAAUCAAGAUUUUUAAUCAAGCUUUAGAAUUCCUUAUUUGUACAGAGUAAUGGAAAUGACCAAGAAACAAUAACGUAAAGGCAAAAGAAUUGGGAGUGAUCAGGUAGGUCAUAGUAAACAUUUUUUUCUCAUGACAGAUUCUGAAAGAUGUUUUGUUACAAACCAGGCUUUCAUUUUUUAAAAAAUGAAACUCGCGGGUAUUUAAGAUGUAGACAUAAUUGUGUUGCUGUUUCGCUUUCAGUGCUUUAGUUGCUUAAUAUUUAAGCUUUGCUUCAUGCUACUUUUUGUCUGUAUUUCAAAUCUUCACAAGCCUAUUUCAUUUUGUAGACUUGAAUGACAAAUAUUGUUUCUCAUCUUAAGUAUGCUCAGAAUUAAAUGUUAAAGAAUGUUGUGUAACAUUUAUCCAAUAAAGUUUUGAUUUUU